AUGCCUGAUUUUCCCAAAAAUAUCAACAGUUUGAGAUCAGCUCUACUUGCUGGCGCAAAAAGAACAAAUCCUGAAACGCUGGAUAAUAUUUUCAAAUCACUUGAUGCAAUCGAAACAUCAAUGGAAAAAUUUAUGGAAGGGCCAAAUAUUGAAGAGAGGAAUGCGAUUUGUAUUGCAAAAAAUCAGAAUGAUAUUGGAUAUAUUGGUGGUGUGAAGAAAAAGGAGAAGAGAAAGAACAAAGUGAGAGAUCGCGUCGAUGUGGGACAAUUUGGAAUUGUAUGUUCGGACAAAAUCAAGUCCAAACUUCCCAGUGGUUGGCGUCAAAUUCCAACAGGACUCUUUACAAGCAAUAGAUACAUAUGGAGAUAUCCAACUAUGACAACUCUCGGAUAUGUAAGUAACAGGAGUCGGCUUAAAAUUGGGUUCAUAUUUUAUGUAGACCCCAAUUGAACAACAUAUGUUUUCAAAAAAAAAUGGUCAACUUAUCUUAUUUUUCAGAUCUACACUAAUUCGAGAAAUGCUGAAGUAAUUAUGAAAUAUUGGACUGGAUUGAAAACUCGACUCGUUUGUUUUUAUGAUAAAAACAAGCCUAUUGAUGAUGUAACCAGAGAGAAAAUGGUGAAAAAUAAUUGGAUUAUUAAUCAGAUUGUGGAUUUACCAAUGCAACUAUCUUCAAUGUCUUCAUCCAAACCGCCUGAGGUUAGAAUUUCUGAUUUGAAAAUUUGAAAUGAAAAAAUUGCUUUGAAAAAAAAAUCAAUUUCUAUUUUAAAAUUUGAUUAAAACUGGAGUUUUUGAAUAAUCAAGAGAUUCUUUUCUCAAUUUCAAAUAUUAUUCGCUGAAAUUUAAAAAAAAAAAACAAUGUAUAUAUUUUUCCAGAAUUCGUCUGCAACUAGAAGUGCAAAAAUUGCCAAAAUUGCACAAAAACCAUCAAAUGAGAAAUUGGUAGGCAAUUUUCAAAAAUUUUCAAAAAAAAUCGAUAUUUUUACAGCCAAGUUCUUCAAGCUCGUUUGUCCCCAAUCUUGUAAGUUUUCAAUUUUUUUGAAACUAAUUCUAAAUACAAAAAAAUUAUAGAUUUUCAGAAGAUGAAGUUCAAUUUUGAAAUUCAGAAAAGAUUCUUGUUUCCAAUUGUUGAAUUUGAAAAUGAAAAAAGUCUUUCUAAUUUUUAUUUUUGACUCAAAAAAUCUCCUUAAGAAAUGUGUUUUUUUUCAGAAAUCGAGUGAUUCUGGAAGUGCAAAGAUCGGCCUAGUUUCACUACAACAACAACAAUCUACUGUAAAAAUGGUGAGCAAUUUUAAAAAUCCCUAUCAAAAAAUCUAAUUUUUUAUAGCCGAAUUUCUCCACCGAAUUCAAAAUUGGCCCAUUUUUACACGGUGUAAGUUUUUGUUUUGAAAUCAGAAAUAAAAAAAACCUGGAAAUUUUCAGACUGGAAAUGGAGAUGGUUUGGGACAGAAUAAAAUGGUUGGAAAUUUCGAAAAGCCUGAUGAAAGAUCGAAUUCGGCGGCAUCUUCAACAAAUUCUGAGAAAUACACAUUUACUAUGCUUAAAAAUGUGAGUAUUCUAUCAUUUGAAAAAAUUCUAUUUUUCAACUUCUGUUUCAAAAAUUGGAAUUCUUAAAUUUUUAAAUCAUAUCAACAUUUUCAAGCUCAAAUUUAGGUUCUGAAAAUCCACGUCUAAAAUUCCUCGAAGUUGUGAAGAUUUGAAACUUCAAUGAAUUUUCAGCGCCUAAAUUUGAGCUAAAAAACCCCUUGGUUGUGAUGUAGAAAUUUGACAAUUCAAAUUUUUGAAAUUAAAAAUGUUUUAAAAUCCUGAUUAAAUUUUGAGCAAUACGUUCAAUUUUCAGAAAGAAACAUCUGGAAACGCUGCUGAAGUUCCAAUUCCUCGAAAAACAACUGAUCUCACAAUGGAUCAAUAUAAAAUAAAAAUGGUAAGAGAUUUUGAAAAUACAUACUUACUCACAAAACAAAUUUUAUAGGGUGUGAAAGCGGCGUGUGAAAACUCAAAAGUUCUACAGAAAGUGAGUUUUUUUCGAAUAAGAAGUUUUUUUCAAAUAAUAAUUUUCAACAAAAAUUUUUUGAAUUUUAAGAUUCCGCUAGAAUUUCGCGAAUUCUACAUAAAUGUGCAAUUCGAUGAAACAAUUGACAUUGGAUGGAAAAUCAAAUUGGAUCAAGUAAUGGAUGAAAAUCGAGAAUUAAAAGGGGAAUUGGGACAACUUGAAAAUGGUAAUAAUUUUUAA